AUGGACUCAAUCAAGAACGCCGCAACACAUUUCAUCCUGACGCCCGAGUACCAUGACUUGCUGUCGAUCGUCAAGGGUUUCAGGAACGGUCUUGUUUACGGAGCGAAGAUCCGUUUUCCUCAUGCCCUCAUCAUGACCUUGCUCUUCCGUCGCUCCAACUUCAAGGAUAUGGCAAGAUUUGUUCUGAAGGCGACUAAGCAGCACGCCAAGAACCUGGCCUUCUUCGCCACCAUCUACAAGACCCUGUUGAUUGUCCAGCGCAGAAUGCACGGCAAGGAGCGUCCCUUGGAUUCUUUCCUCGCUGGUCUUGUUGGAGGUUACGUGGUCUUUGGCGAGAACAACAAUGUCAACCAGCAGAUCGUGUUGUACCUGUUUUCGCGUAUUAUGAUCGGAUUGGCCAAGCUGCCAGUGAAGAAGAAUGUGAUUGCAGAACCAACACAGACGUUCCCUAUUUUUGCGUCGUUGGUGUGGGCGACGGUGAUGUUCUUGUUCCAGAACGAGCGCGAUGUCCUCCAGCCCUCGCUCCAGGCAUCGAUGCAGUACAUCUACAUCGACUCUAACCGCUGGAACACCCUCAAGAACUUUUUGUGGCACAACAAAUAA